UUGAACUCGAUCGAAAUUUUCUACAAAAAAUUAGCAGCUUUUUUUGUAAUGUGUCUUCAGAAAUUCCUUAUCGAACGAGUUAAAUUUCAAUGAGACGACAUUCCUUGAAAAUUAACCAUUUUUUUUAUUAGUGCAUCUUGCUUUCCCUUUUAGUCUGUAUCAAAUUAACACUAACCUUCUAUAUUUAAAAACUUGUUAUUUCUAGUAUUUGACAACGGAUCUUGCAUGAUGGAAUUAAAUAAGUUACUAAAUUAAAUUAGGACUACAAAAUCUAUUCUAAUAUGAAUUAGGAGAAACAAUCCUAACUAGACGUGAAUUAAAUAAAUACCAUAUCCUAAAUGAAUUUGGUUUCCUAAUCCUACUUUUCUUAAUCCUUUCCACUUUAGGAUUUGCUUUCUAUGUACACCUAUAAAUAUAGAAAAGUAUAUUGAAUUGGUUAUUCACUCACCUAUUUCAAAAAAGGCUAUAUAUAUAUGUUACUGCUACGUGUGAGUGAGUGAGGUCUAGGUUUUGGAUCAAUCAAUUGUAUGUUGUUAUGGCGAAAAAUCAAAUUAAAGCAGAGAUAGAUUUGAGAAGAAUGGACGAGCAACUUGAUAAGCAUUUGGCUCGAAUUUUCGGCGAAAAUAAUAAAAAAGGGUUUGAAGAGUGCGAAGUCACGAAGGUCGUUGAAGAAUGGGAGUUGGAUCCCAAAAAGCUUAAAAUCAUCAAGUUUAUUGCUGAAGGGGCGUACGGAUCAGUUUACAAAGGUGUCUAUGACGGAAAACAAGUUGCGGUUAAAAUACUUGAUCUGAGCGAUGAAAAGAGAAGGACAACUCUAACAAAGGCUUUCGCUCAAGAAGUCUCUAUAUGGCACAAGCUUGAUCACCCAAACGUCGCAAGGUUAAUCGGAGCUUCGAAGAAAUUGCCCGAAGUAUCUACGAGCGGUAGACGAUGGAAGUGGAAUUUUGCUGCGAGAAAUCACUCCUGGGAAAAACAUCGAACUGGAUACUGCAUAGUGGUUGAAUAUGUCUCUGGAGGCACGCUAAGAUCACAUCUCUUGAAAAACAGUAUUCUCGGGAGAAGGUUAUCAUUGAACUCCGUUACUAAACUAGCGUUGGAUGUUGCAACAGGAUUGAGUUACCUUCAUUCCAAGAAAGUUGUUCACAGAGACGUAAAGACUACAAAUCUAGUUCUCGACAAGGAAGGAAGGGUGAAAAUAAUAGACUUUGGAGUUUCUCGAGUUGAGGCUUCAUGUCCCACAAACAUGAGUGCCGAAACUGGCACCAUAGGUUACAUGGCUCCGGAGGUGCUUAUUGGUCUACCGUAUGAUCAUAAAUGUGAUGUCUAUAGCUUCGGAAUUUGUUUGUGGGAGAUAUAUUCUUGUUCAAUUCCGUAUAGUGGACAAAGUCCUCAUGCAUGUUCAGCUAUGUACAAGAGUCGAAGGCCAGAAAUACCAAACACUUGCCCGAGUGCUCUGGCCAAUAUAAUGAAGCAAUGUUGGGACGAUGACCCAAAAAAGAGGCCAGAGAUGCAGGAGGUCGUACUCAUGUUGGAAGCCAUUGACACACAAAAGAAGUUUCAUGGUUGUUUUUGUUUCAAAUGAUUGUUAUGUAUGAUAGAUUGAUUAGUUUUGGCUAUUGAAGCUUGUAUAUGU